AUGGGUACAUUAACUGGCUUAUCCACUAAUAUUGGUGCAUUGCUUGCAUUGAUGAUUGGUUUGCCACAAAUUUUUGGUACCAAUAAUUUAUGGCCUUAUGGUUAUUAUGUGGAAAUGAUUCCAUGCCUAAUGCUUGUAUGCUAUGCUAUUUUCUUCCUUCAUGAAAGUCCAUUUUAUUAUUUGAAACGAAUGGAUGAAAAUGCUGCAAAAAAAGUAAUACAAUUUUACGGUCCAAAAAAUGAUUGCCAAAUUAAUGAACAAAUUGAAAAUUUCAAAAUACAACAAAGAAAUGAAAGCGAAGUAAAAGAAAUUAAUUGGAUGAAACUUUGUCAUGACAGAGCAACUGGUAAAGCGUUAUUCCUCUCAGUACUUUUGAAUUGUACGGUAAGCUUUAGUGGCAUAAUGGCAAUGACAUUUUUUGGGACAGCUCUUCUUAGUUCAGCCGGUUUCACAACAACCGAUGCAUCAUUAGCAAAUUGCUUUGCUGGACUAGCUGGUACAAUUGGAAUUCUUAUUCAGGCUAUCACAAUUGAUAAGAUUGGUCGACGUUUUCUGCUUCUUGGAAGUUUGAUUAGUUUAACAAUGAUACCGGUAGAUGCAAUCGAAUUUAUUGAUAGUGCUAAAGAAUACUUUCCGGAUGCAACUCUUUCAAUUGGCUGGACAAAAAAUAAUUUAUCGGAACUGACAAUCCCACAAAUGAACAUUGGUUGGCGCGAACUGUUUCAUGUAUUAGCACUUGUAAAAGAAAUCGACCAACCGCUUGUGCUAACAAUUCGACUUAGUACGGCUGCUUAUUCAAUUAAACAGGUUGAAUUUAUUUUGGGCAUACGACCCACAAUUUCUGCAUUAAUUUGGAGUGAUGAAAUGGACUCGAUAAAAGAUUGGUACGAAAUAAUUAACCUCCGAUCUGGCGUGUACUCCAAACGUUUAGUAUUCGAUUUACAUGCUAAACAUCGAAACAUCUUGAAAAUGCUUCCAUAUUCUAUCGUUAUGAGUGAAUCGGAAUUUAAUCGAAGCCAUUGGAAUUUGAUAGAAUUUCCGUCUGUUUUUGCUCAGUCAUCUGGAGCGAUAGUAAGCGAUGAGGGUGUUGCAUUUCUCGGUUGGCCAACGGCAUUUCUGAUCUCACUAAUGCAACCGUUAGUAUUUCCUGAUAUUCAACGGAUAACUGCUAAGUUAAUAUUUGUAAAAAAGAAACAAAAUAUUAAUGAUGAUUGGCUGAAGCAUAGCGGUUUCGUGAUAUAUCUAUUGGAGAAGGUGCUCGAUCUUCAAUCACCUGAGAUUACUACUGGUAUAAAGAUAUUUAUUGGUUAUAAUGGUCGUUUGUCCAUUGAAAAUCGAGGAAAGCAACAUAAUUACUACAAUAUGAAAGCAGCGGGACAGGCGCGCCAUGAUCAAAACUGCUAUGAUGUCGAACUUAUUGACAGAGGUUGGCAAGUAGAGCUUACUGUUGGAGGAAAUAAUUGUCAGGAUGGAAUGUUGAAAAAUCCAACAAAAAUUACUUUAGAAAUAUCAUUAACAAAAACACGGCAAUUACGUAACGUGAUUGUUUCGAAAACAGGUGAUGGAAAUUUAGAUUUGAUUGUACGUGAUCUAAAACAUUCCUCUUCAAAUCGACCUCAACUUUAUUUGUACUGCUUAUUUGCUAUGUUCAGUAUUGCUAGGACUUUCACAUAA